AUGUCGCCUAAUAUGCCUAACCUACUAUCUAGUAGAGACAAUUUUAAUAAAUUUUAUUCUGAAUUUGAUCUUAAGGAAAAAAUUGGCGAAGGCUCGUUUUCUGAUGUAUGGUUAUGUGUGCAACGAAACAACGGACGAGAAUAUGCGGCCAAAGUAUUGAAACAAGAUUAUGGACAUACAGUAGACGCUGAUAAAUGGAACGCUAUACCCGAAAUUAAUGUAUCAAACUCGGUGGGAAAACACCCGUUCUUACUUAUGUUAAAAAGCGCAUACCACGAUAAAGAAAAAGGAAAAAUUAUUUUAGUAACAGAAUUAAUGAAAAAAUCACUUUACGAUGUUAUAAAAAACGGAGAAUGUCCACUAUCGGAAUAUAGAAUUAAAACUUAUAUGUAUCAAAUGUUGGAAGGCUUAAGAUAUUUGCACGAGAAAGGCUUUAUCCAUAGAGAUAUCAAGCCAGAAAAUAUUUUGCUUACGUCGCGGGACAAGAUAUUAAAGAUUGGUGAUUUUGGAACCACAUGUCAAGCCAUUUAUGGCCAUCAGUACAAACAAUACGUGGCAACUAGAUGGUACCGAUCACCUGAAUGCUUGUUAACAAAAGGUUGGUACAAUUCAAAGAUGGAUAUUUGGGCAACGGGAUGUGUACUUUAUGAAAUAGCUACCGGUCAUCCGUUGUUCGAUGGGCGAGACGAAAAUGACCAAAUUGAAAAGAUUGACCGGGUAUUAGGCUCUCCAGACCAAAGAUUAAUUGAUAAAUUUAAAAAACAUAAAUCUGAUGUGUUCGUUGCACAAUACGAAACUAAUAAACGAAAUGACAGAACCACUGGAGUUGGACUGCAUUCAGUGUACCAACCAUACCAUCCGGCAUAUGAUCUACUCAUAGACAUGAUAGUUUAUGACCCAUCCAAGAGGUAUUCAGCCAAUCGAUUAUUACGAAAGCCAUACUUUUAUGAGAUUAACAAUACGGUGUUUGAAUAUAAAAUGAGAGAGUUUGAAAAAUUGCUGAGACAUAAAUCAAUGGUUGAUUUAUCCAAGAUGGAUGAAAAAGUAAGUUAUAUAAACAGACAGAUGGUGUUUAAUAGUAUGUAG